CUCUUUAUGUGUAGAGCAGAAGCACUGUUGAAGUUACACCAAAUUGACGAUGCAGAAUCAAUUUCGAUACAUGUACCCAAAUCGGAGCCACUUACUAUUUCCUCUUCUCAAGCUAAAUUUUUUGGAAUGCUUUCUGAAGCUUAUGUGUAUUUCGUGAGAGCUCAGAUUGAGAUGGCAUUGGGAAGGUUUGAGAAUGCAGUUAAAGCAGCUGAGAAAGCCAGUCAAAUGGACCCCCGGAACGUUGAAGUUGCUGUUUUGGUGAACAAUGUGAGGAUGGUGGCGAGAGCUCGAGUGCGUGGCAAUGAUCUUUUCAAAUCAGAAAGGUUUACCGAAGCUUGCUCCGCAUAUGGAGAUGGUUUGAGGCUUGAUCCUUCAAAUUCAGUUCUAUAUUGCAACAGAGCAGCUUGUUGGUUUAAGCUUGGGCAAUGGGAAAGAUCAAUUGAAGACUCCAAUGAUGCUUUGAAAAUCCAACCUAACUACACUAAAGCUCUUCUUCGAAGGGCCGCAUCAAACAGUAAGCUUGAAAGGUGGGAAGAGGCAGUCAAGGACUAUGAGGUCUUGCGGAAAGAACUUCCAAAUAACAAUGAAGUUGCCGAAGCUCUUUUCCACGCACAGGUUGCAUUGAAGAAAUCUCGUGGGGAAGAAGUAUAUAAUUUAAAAUUCGGCGGUGAAGUGGAACAAGUGUCGGGUCUUGAGCAGUUUAGAGCUGCAAUAACUUUACCAGGUGUUUCUGUUGUCCAUUUCGAAAUUGCAUCUAACUCGCAAUGCAAGCAAAUAUCGCCCUUUGUGGAUACACUAUGUGGUCGAUAUCCAUCCAUCAACUUCCUCAAGGUGGAUAUUCAAGAAAACCCAACCGUUGCAACUGCUGAGAAUGUUAGGAUCGUACCAACCUUCAAGAUAUACAAAAACGGCAGCCGAGUGAAGGAAAUCGUGUGCCCCAGUCGCGAUAUGUUGGAACAUUCCGUGAGGCAUUACAGUUUUUAGAAUUCAUGACUUUGCACUUGCUUCUGCAGUUCCCAUGUUCUUGCUACUUCCCAAAACCUCCGUUCAAACUCUCCGGUCCCAACUACGGUUCUUCCAGUCUCUUUGAUCCCAUCAUAAAAGCAAUCUCCCGAUACCUGUGACAUAGUCGAUAAAACCAAGAUAAUAAUAUCUCUUUAGCAGUCAAAUGCCAUUGGAACCCAGAGAUAUAGUCUUAGUAGUACCCUUUUGGAGUUCUUAUUUAUUCAUUCAUUCCCCAUUGCUCUUUGGUUCCAUGCUCCUCCCAAAUUCCCUUGGUCAAUUUUCUUUCUUUUUUACUAGGUCAGCACUUCUUGUAUCAUCAGUUUCUUUAAGGUAAAAAAAAAAAUUGAAAAAAAAAGAAAAAAAAAAGGAAGAAGAGGAUUUUAUGUCUGUACAAUUGAUUUAAUUAUCAUUUUUAAAUUACCUUCUAAGAUAGACAUAUAUAUAUAUAGACACAAUAUAUAUAGACACAAGGGAGGGUGAGGGUGAGGGUGGUAUUGCUGUUUAGAGGGGGGAUCUACAUGUAUAUAUGUGAUAAUAUAUAUUUAUAUAUAUACUAAACACUGGAAGCCUUUAGAGGGAGAUAGGAAGAGUGGUGGGUGGGCACCUACAUGAGUUAGCCAAACGAGGAUGAAUAUCUUGUUAUUAUUGUUUCUUUUUUCUUUUCUGUUUUUUUCUUUACCAUUUUUCCCUUUUUCUUUUCCCUUUCUUAGCCAUUUAAUCAAUAAAAGUUCCCAUUUUUUCUGCA